UUCCUCCGGGUCACCAAGCAGUACCUGCCCCACGUGGCGCGCCUCUGCCUCAUCAGCACGUUCCUGGAGGACGGCGUGCGCAUGUGGUUCCAGUGGGGCGAGCAGCGCGACUACAUCGACACGACCUGGGGCUGCGGCUACGCGCUGGCCUCCGCCUUCGUGCUCCUCAACCUGCUGGGGCAGCUGACCGGCUGCAUCCUGGUGUUGAGCAGGAACUUCGUGCAGUACGCCUGCUUCGGGCUCUUCGGGAUCAUAGCACUGCAGACCGUCGCCUACAGCAUCCUGUGGGACUUGAAGUUCUUGAUGAGGAACCUGGCCCUGGGAGGAGGCCUGUUGCUGCUCUUGGCGGAGUCCCGGUCCGAAGGCAAGAGCAUGUUCGCGGGCGUCCCCACCGUGCGCGAGAGCUCACCCAAGCAGUACAUGCAGCUCGGAGGCAGGGUUCUGCUGGUGCUGAUGUUCAUGACGCUCCUUCACUUCGACGCCAGCUUCUUCUCGAUUCUCCAAAACAUCGUGGGCACAGCUCUGAUGAUCUUAGUGGCCGUCGGUUUUAAAACCAAGCUGGCCGCUCUGACCCUCGUCGUCUGGCUGUUUGCCAUCAACGUGUACUUCAACGCCUUCUGGACCAUUCCUGUGUACAAGCCCAUGCACGACUUCCUGAAGUACGACUUCUUCCAGACCAUGUCGGUGAUCGGAGGCCUGCUCCUCGUGGUGGCCCUGGGCCCCGGGGGCGUCUCCAUGGACGAGAAGAAGAAAGAGUGGUAACCGACCCCUCCCUGCCUGGCUGGGACCCGUGGCCGUCGAGGACUGGCUCGGGGUGGAUUCGACACAACUGCCGGCAUUUAUGUGUCCUCUUCCCUGCCCUCCCUUGGUAAAGGCACAGAUGUUUUGAGAAUUUCUUUGCAGACACCUGAAAUUUGGUGGCUAAAUCUGCUCUGGCCCCACAGCCUGGCACCCGACCGCCAGGGCAGGCCGGCUGGGCGCGGCGCCCCUCCCCCAGCCUGCCGUGCUGUGGCCUCGGUUCCCGUUCUUGUGUCUGGUUUGUGGGGGGGGGGCGCCUUCGAGCUGUACUGUGAGCAGAUACACUUGCGUAUCAUUCAAAGCGGUCUCCCUCUUACUGUUUUCUUAAGUUUACGUUUUUAGCUAAAACAAAAUGAUUUGGGAAGGCCCGGCCCAACGUCACACACGCUGCUCCGAGUUGUCCCCGCCCCGCAUUGCACUACUUGCAGGGACAGUGACGGCAUUUGGAGAGACCCAAACCCGAAGAACGAAGCAGGGCUGGGGGGGGCGGGCGUGCAAGGCUGCUGCUCACUGUGGGAGUCACUCACUCGUGAGCACACCGGCUCGGGUCGGCGCAGCGGUUUUGUGGGGUAAUCCGCGGCGAGCUGCGGUGGCUCAAGGUGGGGACGGCGGGGUUAGAAGUCCCCAGGUGCACCUGGAGCCCACGGGGACCCUCGCUCCCACCCUGGCCGGGCCGCAUGCCUGCAGGCCGGCUCCCGUGAGGGGCGUGGGAUGAGCAGGGGGCGGGGCGGCGAUAAAGCGGGCUCUCAGACCAGUUACCUCACCCCGUCUUCACACCGCAGCAGAGCCCGCCCGGUUCUCCUUUGGCUCGAGGGACUUUUCCCAAGCUGCGCAGCGGGGCGUGCUGUCUUCACAAGGCUGGGGCUCGCUCCGAUGGUCUUUGCUAUGCUGAAUGCGGCCCAAAUUACUUUUUACAGUUGUAAUGCCUUACCGAUUGGAUUUAAUCCUGUAUUUAAAGUUUUCUAACAUUGCCUUAUCCUGCGUGUCUCUCCCUGCUGCUCUCCUCAGCUCGUCCUCGGUCUCUGGGAGGGGAGUCCGGACACCUCUGUGGCCCCCCCCCACAAGCCUCCUGGGGCUGGCUGAGCAGGCUAGAACGAGGACUGCGCGGCACUGCCCUUUUCUCCUGGUUCUUAGCUAGACGUGCCAGCCUGAGGGCAUCCCCAGGGAUGCUGGCCGCCCCCAGCCGGGAGCCACAUUUACCAGCCAGACCGGGGACUCGGCCAGGGAACCCGCCCCGCCCUUGCCUCCCAGCUCCUAGAACCUCACCUGGCUCUGCAGUCCGGACCCACCAAACCCGAGGGGAGCAACGGCACCCCACCUCAUGCCCACACCCCGGCCCGUUGGAGGUUCGGCCCCAGAUGUCCCCAACCCGCCCCCCUUGCAAGCACCUCUGGCCUUUGAAAAGCAAUGGCUUCUGGACAAGGGGGCUUUUCUACUUCCUGCCACUAGGGAUGCUCACCACAUGAGGGGGGGGGGGGUCCUGACUCUGCGUGCCGGCCCUGGGUGUCAGCACAGCGCCACAGUCCUGUCAAAUGACACUCAGCCAAGGCUGUUCCUCUGGGACACCUUUUGACAGGGUGCGGGUCCUCGCCCCUGUGCUAGUGGGACCUUCGUCGUUCUGUGGAAACAGUCUGACCCCAGAGGCCAAAGGGUGCGGUCAGAGGUCCCCUCGGUGCUGGGCGAGGCUGCUGGGGCCUCCUGGCCCUCAGUGGGCCAGGGCCUGGGAACCGGGCAGAUGCCUUUGCAGGGAGGAGAGGAAAACACCACCUACCAAUUGGCUUUGGCAAAAACCGUUUGAGAAUUUUUUGGCUUUAUGUGGGAAAUCGGUAUAAAUCUCAUUUUAUGCUGUAUUUUAUAUCUUAGUUGUGUUUGAAAACGUUUUGAUUUUUGAAAACAUCAAAAUAAAUAAUGGCAUUUGUUGUA